UACACCUCAAACAAAUAAGCAUCAUAUUUCAAUACCAUUCUCAAAUAACCACCAAUUGAGUUGUUUUUCUGAAUUUUUUCUUUUCUAUUUUUCUAUUUUCGUUGACCAUUUCAACCAAGUUGGCAACAGGCUGAUCCUCACUCGGAAGAUUCCCACUGUUAUCUCCCAAAUGAUAAAAGUCUGGGGUUGACUUUGGAAAUUGUAAGACAACGCAAUCUGUAAUGAACAUUAUAAUAUGUAAACAUGGCGUAAACGAAUACUCCCCAUUUCCAAAUUUUUCAUUAAAAAUCUCAUUCUUCGAUCCCACAAAACAGAGCUCUAGUUGACCUGACCAAUUCAACUGACUGCACAAUCCAUAAAUUGUUCGACGAAAUGCCUCAAUCACUGCCAAACUAAUCCAAUGGGAAAAUUCAACACCUUCAUUCUGGCCUUUCUCCCCAGUUUUGUUCUUCUGCAUUUGGUUCAUGCCCAGAGCCAGCAAGGCUUCAUCAGUAUUGACUGUGGGUCUAAUUCUAGUUACUCAGAGCCAACUACGGGUAUAAAUUAUGUUGCUGAUACUCCAUACGUCAACACUGGCUUGGUACAGAGUAUAUCAUCAGAUUAUACAUCUAAAACUCUUCAGAAACAGCUAUGGAAUCUAAGAAGCUUUCCUGAUGGGACAAGGAACUGCUAUAACAUUCAAGCGAAAGUGAAACUUGGCACCAAGUACUUGAUUCGAGCCAGUUUCUUGUAUGCAAAUUACGAUGGCCAAAAUAGCGUUCCAAAAUUUGAUCUAUACUUUGGAGCGAACUUUUGGACGACAGUGACAUUGAAAACGGUAGCCGCUAUUGUAGAUGAGGAGAUCAUUCACAUCACAACUUCAAACCAAGUGCAGGUUUGUCUUGUCAACACUGAUAAUGGGGUACCCUUUAUUUCGUCCUUGGAGUUGAGGCCAUUGCCAAACACCACUUACCAAACUGUGAGUGGUUCAUUAGCAACCUUCUUGCGCCUGGAUAUUGGUUCCCCAAAUGGUACUUACAUCCGAUAUCCCGAUGACGUAUAUGAUCGUAUUUGGAGUCAACCAGCUCCAUUGAUCAACUGGACUCCAUUGAGUACUUCAUCUGUGGUCAACAACCAAGACAGUGGUGGUUAUAUGGUACCCUCUAAGGUGUUGAGUACUGCCUCCACGGUAAUAAAUGCAAGUGAACCAAUGGAAUUUUAUUGGGAGGAUGAUCAGCCUAACCAAUACUAUGCAUUCUUGUACUUUUCUGAACUUGUGGUGCUCAAAGCCAACCAAUCUAGAUUGUUCAAAAUCUAUGUAAAUGACAAGAUCUGGUUACGCGACAAUGUUGUUGUUAACUAUCUAUCGGAAAACCUUGUUUAUAGCCUAAGUCCCUUGACUAUUAAUACUACAUAUGACUUCAAAUUGAUCAUGUCCGAAGGUUCAACUCUUCCACCCAUCUUGAACGCAAUUGAAAUAUUCCAAGUGAUGAACUUUGUAGCGAUUACAACAGACCAAGGAGAUGUCGAUGCCAUGGAAUCCAUUCAAGAAACCUAUGGGGUUACAAAAGAUUGGCAAGGAGAUCCAUGUGUCCCGAAACCAUUUGCUUGGAAGGCUCUCAACUGUAGUUAUGAUGCUUCAAAUCCUCCUAGAGUCACAGGGCUAGACUUAUCGUCGAGUGGAUUGACCGGAGAAAUUUCAGUCAACAUAUCAAAACUAGCAAAGCUAGGAGUUCUAGAUUUGUCAAACAAUAGCUUAAGUGGAGCAGUGCCUGCUUUUCUCGCUGGAAUGUCAUUUUUGAGUGUCAUAAAAUUAUCUGGAAACAACCUGUCAGGACAAAUUCCUAAAGAACUUCUUGACAAAAUAAACCAAGGCUCUCUUUCAUUAAGUAUUAAUGGGAAUCCAAAUCUACAAGGGACAACACCAAGUGAAAAGAAGAAGAAUAACAUAGUAGUUCCUAUAGUAGCAGCAGUUGCCGGUGUUAUUAUCAUUGUAGUAUUCAUUUUAGCUCUUGUUUACUUCAUUCGACGGAAAAGAAGUCUUAAAGGCCCAACCAUAGUGGAGCCUCAUUCACCACAAAAUUCUCAAGUAGAACUUCAUCCACAUGAGCCAUCACAGACACCAAGUCCAAUACAGACACCAAGUCGACAAUAUUCCUACUCAGACAUCUUAAAAAUUACCAAUAAUUUUGGUAGACUAUUGGGUGAAGGUGGGUUUGGAAAGGUUUAUUAUGGCCGAGUUGGUAGCACUGAAGUGGCUGUAAAGAUGUUAUCUCCAAAAUCAGCUCAAGGGUAUCGAGAAUUUCAAGCAGAGGUGGAUCUUCUCUUGAGAGUUCAUCAUAGAAACUUAACUAGUCUCGUUGGAUACUGCAAUGAAGGGGAGACAAAGAUGGGGCUUGUCUAUGAAUACAUGGGCAAAGGAAACUUGGGAUCAAUUCUUCUAGGUGGAAAAGGAGAAGUUUUAAGAUGGGAAGAAAGACUUCAAAUAGCACUAGAUUCAGCACAAGGAUUGGAGUAUCUACAUAAUGGUUGUAGACCACCAAUUGUCCACAGGGAUAUCAAAUCAAGCAACAUUCUAUUGAACGAAUAUUUACAAGCAAAACUUGCUGAUUUUGGUCUCUCAAGAGCUUUUCCUACUGAAGGGGACGCCACCCAUGUGACAACCAAAGUGGUUGGAACUCCUGGCUACCUCGAUCCUGAGUAUUACACGUCGUACAGAUUGACGGAGAAGAGUGAUGUUUAUAGCUUUGGAAUCGUUAUUCUAGAACUCAUCACUGCGAGACCAGUAUUAGUGAAAAGCAGUGAGAAAAGUCACAUAAUUCAGUGGGUUGAUUCCAACCUUAAUCAAGGUGAUAUCUAUUCUAUAGCUGACCCCAAAAUAAAAGAAGAUUGCAACAUUAACUCUGUAUGGAAAGCAGUGGACAUAGGAAUGUCCUGCACUGYCUAUGAUUCUGCAAACAGACCAACAAUGAGUCAAGUUGUAAGUGAACUCAAAGAGUGUCUAAACCUUGAGUUAAAUCAUAGAGGUCACCAAAUUGACUCUGCAACCUCUAUCUCCUCAACAUUCCAUUCUGAGCUUGGUCCUAUGGCAAGAUAGUUCCUGUUGUAUAAAAAAGGCCUUGUAAUGUUUUUCUCUUUGUUAUUAUUAUUUUUAUAUUAUGUUAAAGACAAUUGUAAUUUAGUUUUACCAACCCUUGAAAUUGCCCAGGGAUGACUUUCCAAUCCCAUUCUCACCUCCCUUUUCUUUCUCCAUCUAGCAAAAUUCCCCACAAAAUUUAGUGGGCAUAA